GCAAAACCAGUGGCGAUCCACGCAACUGAACGCCCCUCACGUUGCGCACAUGGAUCGGGUCUAGGUGACCACGCCACACCCAGCAGACCGAGGCUCCGUCCCCGUGCUGGAGGAGCAGCUUGUGUAACAGCUGUAUGAGCCAGUGCCACCGACGGCAACCGGUUGCGCCAGCACCGUGCCUUGUGGAAAUGUCCAGGACGCAGAGGAGGCGGCGCAUACAGCGGCCUCUCAGCGCGACACGGGCCGAGGAAUAGUUGAGGAUACUCGGACACAGUUUGUGAACAACAGUGUUUGCGUGCGUAUGGUUUUGCCGUAGCUGUAGCAACUUUUUUGGAGGAAUGAGAGGCGUAUGGUCGGCUCUCAAAAUGGGGUUGUUUUUGCACGCUGUCGGCUCUGUCACCCCCACCGAGUCCGCAGCAGAGAGGAGCCUACUGCAAUGCGAAGGCGUCAACAACCAGAGUUACAUCUGUGAGUCCGGUCACUGCUGCGGAGAGUCUCAGUGCUGCAGUUACUACUAUGAGCUCUGGUGGUUUUGGUUAGUGUGGGCUAUCAUCUUCAUUUUGAGCUGCUGCUGUGUGUGCCACCAUCGCCGCACCAAACACAGACUGCAGCAACAGCAGCGGCAGCACGAGAUAAACCUCAUCGCUUACCGUGAAGCACACAACUACCCCUCUGUGCCCUUCUACUUCAGGUUUCUGCCAAACUACCUCCUGCCUGACUAUGAAGAGGUGGUCAACCGGCCACCUACUCCUCCCCCUCCCUACAGUGCCUUACACACAGGCCCAACCUCAGUGGCUUCUAGUCCACUGUCUCCUGAGCAGCAGGAGGGACACUGUCCAGCCAUUCAGCCCACUCCAGUGCCCCCAGUCUCUGACAGUCUGUGCUGCAGACCCAGCCUAGAGGAGCCACAACCCCCCACUUUAGACUUAAGGCCCAAGCCUGACAACAAGCCCAUGCAGACAGCACAAGAUUCAGGCAUGAUACUGCUGUCAGAUGGGCUCAGCAGGGAGGGACUCAUCAGCCAAGAGAAAAGAAGCGGAAGUAGGGAAGACUCUUGCAAGGACCCGCUGCUGAAGGACCUAUCAGAGGGUUGCUCUGAGGACAAAGAUCGCCUCCCCAACGGAAGGAGGAGACGAUUUACAGGGGACUCUGGGAUUGAGGUGUGCGUGUGUGGCACACGUGGGAGCGGCAGUUGCAGCGGAGCAGGAGGGACAGGCCAGGAAGGCAAAGAGUUGAGGGAGCUAGAGAGCCUGCUGGGGCGUGAGGGAGAUGACGACGACGAAGAGGAGGAGGGGGAGGAGGCCGGCGACUUCUGUGACAGCUGUGGCCAUCGCGCCUCCUUCAGUGUGGAGGAGGAGCAGGCGCUGGGCGGGCUGGAGAGGCGGGCUGCACGAGGGCCGUCAGGACCCCCUCAGCCAGCUCACCAGAUAGGCAGCGCCUCACUCCACCCUCCAGUGUGCCUCCUCCUCCACACCAUCAGCGAGCAGGAGGGAGCGCACCACAGCACCAGCACUGAGCCGCAGGGCUGAAACAGUUAACACACCUUCGUCACAGAGGGAAGGAGAGCACUUGGCACCGAAUAUGGAGGCUCGGAAGAAAAGGCUUUUGUGUCUGAGCAAGUGUUUUAUGUCUAAAAGUGAGUAUUUGUUAUGAGUGUGUACAUCUUAGAUAAAACAGGUGUGGGAGCAGGAAGUGGAAUCUCAACUGGAAAUGAAUGAGAUUGAAAGGUUGAGAAAAUCUGCUCCUCCCCACACUGGAACAGUGGCCUUAACCUGUGUAUUUUGGGUUAUAUGUGGGCAGUGCAAGCCCUUUAAUAGCCUGUGUAUAGGUGUAAGACUCACUACACUGCGCGCACACACACACACACGCACACACACACGCACACACACAGUCCUUCAGUGGCUCAUGCAACGGAAGCUACUGACACACGUCAAAGACUUGAUAGCUGAGGCUGUGACAGGACAGGACGUUCAGUGCUCGGGAUGAAGGCAGCUCUCCUCACCGAGCGCGUGCAACCAGUUUCAACAAUUUUUCAAAGCCUUUCUCCACAGGCAGGAAACUAGGUAGUAAAAAAAUACACACAGCAGGAACAUUUCAGAUGAGUGCAAUGUGUGUGUUUAUGCAAGCCGAUACUGUACAGGGACACCAGAACAAGACUGUGUGGGACGUCCCGUUAGACUGAUGCUUCUAAAGUGCUUUUUCAGCGAUUUAAAAACCGCUCUGCCUUAUGUCUGUUUUUGUUGCUCUCUAUCUGACCUGCUAGUGAUAGAGAAGUAUAAGUGCAUUAACACAUCUUCAUGUGAGCAGUUCCUAUUUUGCACAAAAUGUAUUUAUCUUUAUAAAUGAAGCUUUUAGCUGAAAGAAAAUCAGAACAGAAAAUGCGUAGUUUUUUUCCAUAAAUUCAGUCUUAAAUCGCAGCACAUGAUUUACUUCUCAAGGUUUUGUUGCAACAUCUAUAAGAAUAUGGACCCCUGUGAUUUGUCAGUAGCGAAUGCAACAUUCACUUUGUUGGUUUAUAUACAGUUGUUUUGUUUUGUUUUUAAACUUAAUUUAAUGAAUGUUUGUAGCGUGUGCCUACCCAGAAAAUGCAGAAAUUUGACUAACAUUGAUAAGCAUCAGUGAAACCCUGAGAGACACUGAGACAGCAGGUAACUAAGCCGUAACUAAGAAAAGAAUAUGAAGCUUUUCAGAGAUUACAGCCAGAAUGGGCAACAUCAGACCUCAAACUUUUGUGUCAGUUAUUUCAAUAGAUUUCCACAUUCACCAGCUAUACAUGAUAAAAACAUAAAUCCUGAGCACACAGGAUUACACUCUUUGUAUUGGAUUUUCAUAUUAGCAACAUUCUUCUGCUAUGGUAUUCAUAAAUUCAACAUAACAUAUAACAAACUAUGGUUUUUUAAAUGGUUUUGACCAAUGGGUGAUCCAGUCAGUCUUCUGCAUUUAUACUAUUUAAUCUGAGAUAUGAAGUUCACCUUUUUGGAAAGAAAAAACAAAGCUGCCUUUUUUUUUCUUUUUUUUUUUUCUCGGUUUUCUUUAUUUUGUUUCAUUUAUCCCACACACAACACAUAAUGGUCAUGAUUGUAGAGCAAAUGCCCAAAGUUUGUGCACAAAUUAUUCAUAAUAUUUAGAACAAAAUGUCUAACAAUUGCAGCCUAGUGAUUGGAAAUAUACCUCUUGGGGUUACAGAGGAUUGAAAACUGAAAAAAUAAACCAAAAUUAUCAGUGGAAAAGACAGAAAAACUAAGAAUCAGAUAAGCUGCUAAAAUAACUAUAGUAGAAUAUCUAUUAUAAUCAAGGAGGGUACAGGAUAUUUCUGAACAGCAAGUCUUUUUUUUAUGAUGGAUGAAACAUUCUUGGCACAGGAUGUGGUGAACAAGCAAUAUGAUAAUGCACUAAACAGAAAACAAAGACCACAUGUUAUUAAAGUAAGAACAUUUAUUGGUUCCAUUCAUUUAUCUCAUCAGUUUGAAAUGCCUUUAAUAGCUGGUUCUCAGCUUGUAUGUCGUAAAUCUGCCCUUUAAUUACAAAUCUCACUGCAGCUGUAAUAGAUGUUGGUUGAUGAUGAAUGUGCCAGAAAAAAAUGCCACUGAUUUCUAUAAUGAACAUGAGUGUGAAACUUUUACAAAUGGACUUGUUUUGAUUCAUCGUUUUCGAUCGCCCACGUUCUGAAAUUAACUGGAAAUUGCAAAGAUGUUACAUGCCAUUGUGAUGUCUUUCUUUGGAGAACCCUGCACACAUUGCAGUGUCUGCAAAGCACAAAUGUUUCAACCAUCAGUCUCACAGAUUUACACAUAUUCGCACCUGAAAGCAUUAUAACAGAGGAUGUCUCCUAAAAAAAGUAGUACCUUUAAGCACAAGUUGAAUCGUUACAUGUAAACUUUCUCUUUUGAGAAUAAGCUGAUUGAAUUUUACCCAUCAAAGCCUGAACAUGAUCUAAUAUGCUUUAUAUGUUGUUGGUUUUUUUUUUGCUAUUUGUGAGGUAGAAAAUAAUAAUGUGUAAUUGUGGUACAUGUAGUACAAAGAUGAGCUAUUUUUCAUAUCAGUUGAAUCCUUCGAGCGUGAUUGGAACUGUGUAGAAUUUCAAAACCACUUUAUAUUUUCAAAUUGUGUACAGUAUUCUGUGACAUGCUUGUGAACCAAAUAGUUGCUUUUAUCAUUUUUGUGAAAUCAUUAGCUUUAUUUGUUUUAUUUUUUCUCAUCCUGGGUAUUAUUUUCUUUCUGUUGAGAAAAGAUUUAAUUUCUUUUGAGACUUAUCCUGAAGUUGUGUUAAAGGGUACAUACAUUUGACUAACAUGUAGUAGAUAGCUUGUUAACAAGAUCAGGGGCAUCUUGCCAAAGACACUACUUUUCUGUCUUCACCAGUGUGUGUAAGGUGGUUUUGCACAUAUUCUUUGAAUGUUCUGAUCAUAAGCCAUUUAUUACAACAACCAAGAUGGAUGUAUGUUCAAUAAACAUACCCUUUUAAAUUCAA